CACCGCAUUCCGCCACUUGCUUGUUUAUGUUCCAAGUGAUAAGAGGUCUUGCCUGGUGUUAUCCACGAGAAGUGUCUUAUUAGCGGUCUGGUUCCUUUCCAAUUUGUGUUCGGGGAGAUUUCGAAACGUCCAGCGCGUCCGGGAGCUUUAAUUUUCCAGUUUUUUGGAGCCGAAGGAGAAUUAUCGAGGAAACAGGAUGUCGUUCAAGCCAAUCGACGCCAAACGUGAUGAAUAUCGUAAAUACCUCGAGCGGACGGGGGUCUUAGAAAUGUUGAGCAAAGUCAUUGUCAAACUUUGUGAAUGUCCCGAGAGGCCUGAAAAUGCUAUAGAUUUCAUUCGUAGAAAUAUGGGAGAUGCUGUGUUAGAGCGUGACACAAUCGAGCAUCUUAAACAGGAAUUAGAAGACUCACGGAAUGAAGUGGCACAGUUGAAACGCCAAUUGGAAGCAUUGCGAUUGGAAAAUACAAAAACAUCUCCCACAGAUACCCAAGCUAAUGCGGAAACAGUUCUGGAACAAGCAAAAGAUGAGUCCAAUGAAAUGAAUACGUCCGAUGUGAAAACUUCCUCUGAAAAGGAACCUAGCGAAGAGAAGGAAAUCGAGGUUGAGACCUCUAGUGAUAAGGAAGAGAAGGAGGUGUCUAAUGAGAAGUCGUCAACGAACGUUCAAGCUACAGAUGGAAAUGUGGAGAGUAACGCUUCACCAGAUGGAGAAGGGAAAGAUACGACUGCUGUAUUGGAGCCGGAAUCUAAUAAGGAGUAAAGCGUUUUUUUUUUCGUGUUUCAUGAACGUCAGCGCGACGGAUUUGGAGUUGAUCUUAAUCUAAAGUUUGUAUAUUUGCAAGAAGUACUUUUUAGUUUGAAGUGUUCUAGAUGGAAGUUGCUGAGGUUUUUUUUUCAACUGAACAGUCCAGUUUGAUUGAGAUUUAUCUCUUAUCUCGUGCGCGUUCACUUUUGUUUGUUUUUAGCGGAUGAAAGUAUUUAUUAUGGAUACUUUCAUCAAUUAUGAAUUCCCAUUCCUAAUUUUUUUCAUUACCUUUAAAAGCGUCCUGAAUGGAUUUUCUACGACUAUACGUUUUUGAUAUACUUUUUUAUUCCUUUGAAUUUUUAUUCCACCGUAGUAUUUCGGAGUUUUUGAGUAAUUUAGUAUCUUUAGCGGUUUAAUAUUUGUUACUACUAUUUUCCACAAAUUUUAUAAGAAACAACUCUAACAAAAUUGCCAUCCAAAGAUUUGUUCAAAACAAAGCGGAAAUAAUAUAUUUACAACACAAAUAGGUACUUAAUAUGAAUUUAUAUUUAAAUGCAAGCAUUACACAAUUUUGAAUAUUGUUGGAUUUCAACGAUUUUUUGCUCAUAGACCUGUUAUACCUUUUAUAACUAAGAAAAUGUUUGAAGUAAGGAGAACUUUGCCAUAAUAAGAUCAUUGAUUAUUAUUUGUAUUUUUAGAAGUUGCGUGAUUUGAUUUUUAGGUAUGAACUAUAUACGAUAAUUUAGAAACUCCUCAGUGAUGCGUUAUGCACUCUUGCAUCGUAUGGACAUCACCAUGGGAGGAGCAUUAAUGAACUACAAAACGUACUUUUGCGGGUGAUAAUAAAGGGAAGACAAAGCUUUCGAAGACUUAACCUUUUGCCGAAUCAAACGCUAUUGCUUGCUUUAACGACGGAAUCAAUAUCUUUACAAAUAAUAUCUAAUUCGAACGUCGAGACGGUUAGGUGUAAUGGAUGUAUACAUUUAAAAAUUCACGUAAAUGAAACGUAGAUUAUAAUAUGUGAAAAAUGAGACACUGUUGAAUAGAAUUCCUCGAUAAAUUUGACUAAAAAAAAAUAUCUAUAAAGCAAAUUCCGUCCUUUAGUGUUAACUAUACAUUUUUCCUUCAUUCAAAAAUUUCAAUUUUUAGAAAAGACCUGACUGUAGGAUUGUAUAUAAAGUAAAGCAACAAAUAACACGUAAUAACUAUGUGCGAGUAGAAAACACUUGAUAUUACACUACAGAUUGAGUCAUUGCAAUCAAAAAGCAAAUACAAUCUCGUUAGAACCUACAAAAUUAUAUUUAAAAGCAAAUAUAUAUGUGAACAUGA